GCACCACUUGAUCACUUAGAGCCCACGUUCCCACUCUUAAUCACCCAAAAAAAAUUAAAACAAAGACGUGCUCACAUCUCAUCUCACUCCCUCACCAGCUCACUUCACUCUCUCUUUCUCUUUUUUUUUCUUUUUUUUAUAAUCAUCUCUCUCAAUUCUCAAUCAUCUUCUAAUCAAAGAUCACCACCAUAUGGCUCUCGACACUCUCAAUUCUCCCACCUCCACCACCACAACCACCGCUCCUCCUCCUUUCCUCCGUUGCCUCGACGAAACCGAGCCCGAAAACCUCGAAUCAUGGACCAAAAGAAAACGUACAAAACGUCACCGUAUAGAUCAACCAAACCCUCCUCCUUCUGAAGAAGAGUAUCUCGCUCUUUGCCUCCUUAUGCUCGCUCGUGGCUCCUCCGAUCAUCACUCUCCACCGUCGGAUCAUCACUCUCUUUCUCCACUGUCCGAUCAUCAGAAAGAUUACAAGUGUUCCGUCUGUGGCAAAUCUUUCCCGUCUUACCAAGCGUUAGGUGGACACAAAACAAGUCACCGGAAACCGGUUAGUGUCGAUGUUAAUAAUAGUAACGGAACCGUUACUAAUAACGGAAAUAUUAGUAACGGUUUAGUUGGUCAAAGUGGGAAGACUCAUAACUGCUCUAUAUGUUUUAAGUCGUUUCCCUCUGGUCAAGCAUUGGGUGGUCACAAACGUUGUCACUAUGAUGGUGGUAACGGUAACAGUAACGGUGACAAUAGCCACAAGUUUGACCUAAAUUUACCGGCUGAUCAAGUUAGUGAUGAGACAAUUGGAAAAAGUCAACUCUCCGGUGAAGAAACAAAGUCGGUGUUGUGAUUAUUAUUAUUUUUUACCGAUCGGGAUUAGCUAGUGGUUGAUCAUUAGCUGAGUCUGUAAUGAAAAUGAUUGGAGUGGACUUUGGAUUAUUUUAAUUUCUGUUUACGUAUAUGGAAAGAAAAUAAUCUUCAAAUGUUUAUUCGUUGUUGGUUUUUGUUUAUAAAAAGUAAAAAAAAAAAAGGAUAUAUUUGAAAUUAUUAUUAAUUUUGUUAAUAAUAAAAAGAAUUGGAUUAAUGAAAAUUG